AUGGCCACAGAAUCCCCCAGUACUCUGGGGCGACUCCAGAGAGUCGAUUCACUACCUGAAAACCCAUUUGCGUCCCUUAUUACGGAUCAGUCGAUUGCUAUUAUCCCCUCUUUCACCUUGGAGUCCGGUGUCACCCUUUAUAAUGUCCCGGUGGCUUACACUACCCGCGGCAAACUCUCCCCGGAUGGCGACAAUGCCCUGGUGAUCUGCCACGCUCUCAGUGGUAGUGCAGAUGUGGCAGAUUGGUGGGGUCCCCUCCUUGGUGGCCCUGGACAAGCCUUCGAUAUAUCGCGAUUCUUCGUGGUCUGUCUGAAUAGCCUAGGUAGCCCCUAUGGCAGUGCCAGUGCCGUGACGUACAAAAAUGGUGACCCGGAACAGGGCCUCUAUGGUCCCGAGUUUCCGCUUACCACUGUCCGUGACGAUAUCAAGAUCCACAAGAUUGUUUUGGACGAUCUCGGCGUCAAACAGAUUGCUGCCGUCGUCGGUGGCUCCAUGGGUGGUAUGCUUACUCUCGAAUACGCAUAUUUCGGAAAACAGUAUGUCCGAGCUAUUGUUCCCAUCGCAACGUCGGCCCGCCAUUCUGCGUGGUGUAUUAGCUGGGGAGAGGCACAGCGUCAGAGCAUCUAUAGCGACCCGAAGUACGAAAACGGUUACUACUCGUUUGAUGACCCCCCCGCUACUGGCCUAGGGGCAGCGCGCAUGUCAGCUCUUCUGACCUACCGGAGCCGCAACUCAUUUGAGUCCCGCUUCGGGCGGAACGUCCCGGACCCCUCCAAACGGCUAAAUAUUAACGGCACAGAGAGACUACCAACUCCUCCGAAUGAACACUGGGCCAUCCACAACGAUGGUCACAAGGGCAAUUGGAGCCCGAGCGGACGCAACUCUCCUGCGCCCGAAAAGAACGAAAUUCAGUACAUGGAUCCGCAAUUUUCUGGGACUAAAACCUUUAGCACAGCUGUCAGUCCCACCAAUGGCAACACGCAGAAGCGGCCCCCCACUUAUUUCUCUGCACAAUCCUAUCUUCGAUACCAGGGAGAGAAGUUCGUGAAACGCUUCGACGCCAACUGCUACAUCGCCAUUACCCGGAAACUUGAUACGCAUGAUGUCUCUCGACACAGGGCCAGUGGUACAUCGCCAGAGAAUGCGGUCCGGGAAGCUCUGUCUCAAAUCCAGCAACCGGCACUAGUCUUGGGAAUUGAGAGCGAUGGGCUUUUCACUUUCGAGGAGCAGCAGGAAAUCGCGGAAGGCAUUCCCGACUCCAGGCUCAAGCGCAUCGAGAGUCCCGAAGGUCACGAUGCCUUCUUGCUUCAAUUUGAACAAGUCAACCGCUAUAUCCUGGAGUUCUUCCGGGAGGUCUUGCCGGACAUCAUGUCCAAGACUCCUGCGGACAGUGCUACCGUCGAUGGUGUUGGUAAACUGACAAAGAGCAGCACCUUUGGCGAAGCGGAAGUCGAAGACAUCACCGCCUGGUAA